AUGGAUUUAACCCAUAGAAUUCAAGACGUUCAGAAUUAUAGAUUUGCUAACGAUUCUUCUCGGCUGCAAGAUCUAGAACGUUAUCUGCAAAUGGAGUUAAAUGUGACUUUGGAUCAAGAAGAGUCUCUCUGGUUUCAAAAAUCUCGUCAUAACUGGAUCGUGGAUGGAAAGAUUGAUCAAGUUCCUGGGUUGGAGGAAAUUUCCAAAAUUUCGUGUGAAAUGGGGUCUUUUAAGGCUCCUGGUGAUGAUGGUUUUCCAACUAUAUUCUUUCAGCGGCAGUGGCCUUUCUUAAGGACUCAAAUUUGUGAUGUUAUCAUUUACAAGAUUUUGUCCAAGAUCAUUGUUGAUAGGCUCAAACCAGUUAUGGAGCUCAUUAUAUCUCCUUUCCUGGUGAUUUUUGUUCCGAAUAGACAAAUUCAGGAUAAUAUUAUUAUUGUCCAGGAAUUAAUUCACUAUAUGCAUAAGAUGAAAGGGAGAAAAACUUUUAUGGCUAUCAAAAUUGAUUUGAUCAAGGCUUAUGACAGAAAUGGUGGUAAAACUGAAGAUUUCACUCUUUCUAGGGGUAUCCGUCAAGGAGAUCCCUUAUCUCCAUAUCUAUUUGUAAUGGCCAUAGAGAAGUUGACCUAUAUUAUAAAUACUGCUGUUAGUGGUGGUGAAAAAUUGAGUGUUGAAAAAACUAGUGUUUUCUUUUCAAGAAAUAUGCCAGAGGAUAUGCAUCAAAGGAUUUCUGAGAAAAGUGGCUUUAAAUAUGUGAAGAUUGUGGGUAGAUAUCUGGGGACUAUGAUGCAACAUGGUAGGGUCUCAAAAAAUUCUUACUCAGGAAUUGUUGAUAAGAUUAGAGCGAAACUUAAUGCGUGGAAUCAACAAAGUUUGUCGCAAGCUGGUAGGAUCACCUUGGCUCAAUAUGUCAUGUCUGUUGUUCCUUACUUUCAGAUGCAAAGUUGCAAGAUUCCUUCUUCAAUUUGUUUAGAGAUUGAGAAAGUUCAAAGAGAUUGGCUUAUUUGGGAAGUUGGGGAUGGUAAGAGUAUUAGUUUCUGGUAUGAUAGAUGGUUUCCUCAAGCUUCUAGGCUCCAGGAGUGUGCCACGAGGAGUAUUUCCUCAAGGGAAGCAGACGUGAAGGUGGCGGGUAUGGUUAAGCAUAAUGGUGAGUGGGAUUUGGCUUCUAUGUCUGAGUUCCUUCCAGCUGAUAUUGUCGACAGUUUCCGUAGUGUGCUUCCUCCUUCUGACGCUGAUGGCUCGGACUAG